CCAAAACCCAAACCGAGCCCAACCUGAGAAAGACAAGGAAGGGGCCCGCCGCCCCCGCGACGGCGACCCAGCACGAUGCCGCCGCUGGCCGCCGCCGACGCCUUCCUCGUCCUCGACUUCCUCGCCGGCAACCGCCGCGUUCCACUCCCCGCCUUCUCCGCCCUCGUCGCCGCUCUCCCGUCCGUCGCCGGCCACACCUCCCACCGCCUACGCAAGAGCGUCGGGCUCCGAGCCCUUGACGCCGCCCUCUCGGACCCCGCCUGCGCCGACGCCUCCGCCCCCCUCCGCAGGGCGCGGGCCGUCCUCGCCGAACCCGACCUCGCGGACUGCUUCCCGGACAACCUCGCCGUCUGCGAUGACCUGCCCGCCCUCAGGCGGCUCGUCGACGCCGAGUGGACCAGCCUCCCUCCCUCCGUGCUCGAGGCCGCCGCCGACCGGAUCGUCGGCGACGGAGCCCUCCACACGUGGGCCAAGGCCGACCAAGACACGCGCGGAAAGCUUCGUGUGCUCGUUGGCGAGUCCACGGAGCGUGAGAUUUUAGGCAAGCUUGGGCAAGACCCAGCCCCCAAUGCGCCCAGCACGAGCGGCGGUAACGAAGCCGGUAGUGCUCAGCAAGAGGAUGAAUCCCAGCUUGGUAGGGAAACUGGAAAGGCUAGUCAUGUUCAGGAGGAUUGCACCCGACUCCAACAAGAGCCAGUAGAAAGAGCAGCGGAUGUUCGACUUCCUGAGAAGCCUGUAACAAGGGCAGCAAUCAGAGGCAAGGACAAAGCUUCACCUUCUCGUGUCACUGGAGAGAUUGGCCCUGGCAGUGACAAGAGCCCUCCAGCAAUGAGAGGUUCUAGGCCUGGUCUCAUGGAGAGGAAUCCUACUUCAAGCGUUUUUGAGAUUGAGCAAGAUCCAUCUGGGGUUCCUCUAGCUGAUAAAGCGGCUAAUGCACCCAGCACGAGCGGUGCUAAUGAACCCAAUCGUGCUCAGCAAGAUGAUGAAGUUCAUCUUGGUACAGAAAAUGGCAAAGCUGACCAUGUUCAAGAGAGCUGCGCUCGACAACAAGAAGAGCCAGUAGAAAGAUCAAUGGAUGGCCGACUUCCAGAAAAGUCGGUAACAAGCAAAACAAUCAAAGGCAAGGACAAGGCUACACCUUCUAAUGUUACUGGAGAGAUUGCCCCUGACAAUAACAAGAGCCAUCCAGUAACAAGUUCUAAGCCUAGUCUCAUGGAGAGGAAUCCUACUGCAAGCGCUUUUGAGAUUGGACAAGAUCCAUCUGGGGUUCCUGUAGCUGAUAAAGCGGACAAUGCACCCAGCACGAGCGGUGCUAAUGAAGCCAAUCGUGCUCAGCAAUAUGAUGGAGUUCAUCUUGGUACAGAAAAUGGCAAAGCUGACCAUGUUCAAGAGAGCUGCGCUCGACAACAAGAAGAGCCAGUACAAAGAUCAACGGAUGGCCGACUUCCAGAAAAGUCUGUAACAAGCAAAACAAUCAAAGGCAAGGACAAGGCUACAUCUUCUAAUGUUACUGGAGAGAUUGCCCCUGACAAUAACAAGAGCCAUCCAGUAACAAGUUCUAAGCCUAGUCUCAUGGAGAGGAAUCCUACUGCAAGCGCUUUUGAGUGGGAUGAUUCAAGUGACUCUGACCCUGGAAGGCCGCCACAUAAGCGCCAGUUACCCACUUAUGAAAUGAAGCGGAGACCCCCACCUACAUUUCCAAACAAAAGAAGAAAGAGGUGGAGCGAGAUAGAAGAACAAACCUUGAUCGAAGGGGUUGAAAAGUAUGGCAAGGGAAGCUGGAAAGACAUCAAAACCGCGUACCCUAGAGUGUUUGCAGACAGAUCCCAGGUUGAUUUGAAGGACAAGUUCAGGAACAUGGAGAGGUACAACAUUAAUUAAUUAACGUUGUCUGAACAUCGAAAGCCAUGCAGCCGGUAGAUAGCUUUUGCAGCAGCAGGCGUAUAUAUAGGCGGCAUGAUGUCGCCGUCCUGCCAAGGGCGUGAGAUAUCUUGGCCUUCUGGUUGUUGCAAGCUGCAACUAGCAGGUAAGAGAGGCCAGCUCUUUUCCAUGUACAGGGAUACGUGGGCUAUCCCUGGUAGCACAAUGAUGGCCCGGUGUUGUUUGUAACUAAGUUACUGAUUAGGUUUCUUAUGAUGAUGAUGAUGAUA